AUGGGUAUAGUGGAGUCCAAUGGUGUGGACUUCGCGGCAUUUCAGGAGCACGGUUCUGCCAAGUGGUGGUGGCAGGAGGUAGAGAGACGGCAUCUAAGAAGAGGCCUUAACAUUUCGGAGGUUUCAGUGGUGCCUCAUCUGGAGGCCAGGUUUUUUUCUGAAGAGGCCAUCCUAUCAGAUCAGUCCAGUCGGCAUUUCAGGCAUCAUUCGGUGCUUCAGGGUUCUCGUGCCAUGGUUUUAUCACUGGUUGCUCCAUCGCCUGCUCAGCCAACUAGAGGCGGGGGCAAGGAAGCCGGAGGUGGUGGUCAGGUCAUUAGAGAUGGAGGCCAGCUAGGGAGAGGCUGUUUGAAAGGUGGAGGUCAGACUGGUGGGGGUCUGCCCCGUUUCUAUGCAUUUCCAGCUAGACCCGAGGUAGAGUCAUCUUAUGCGGUCAUCAUAGGUAUUGUUUCGGCACAACAGAUGGUAGAGAAGGGUUGCUUUCCAUAUUUAGCCUUUGUGAGGGACGUUAUUGCGGAUAAUCCUACUGUUGAGUUAGUUCUGGUAGUGAGAGACUUUCCAUAUGUGUUCUCAGCAGAUAUUCCAGGCAUGUCGCCUGAUCGGGACAUCAAUUUUCGUAUUUACUUGGUGCGGCGUACUCAGCCCAUCUCUAUUGCAUCGUAUCUCAUGACACUAAUGGAGUUGAAGCAAUUAAAAGAUAACUUCAGGAGUUGCUUGAUAGGGGUAUUAUCAGACCGGGGUGCUAAGGUAUUCUCGAAGUUUGACCUAAGAUCGGGAUAUCAUCAGUUGAAGAUCCGGGAUUCAAAUAAUUUGAAGAUGGCUUACAGGACCCGCUAUGGUCACUAUGAGUUUUGUGGGGAGGAUCAUGAGCAGCACUUGAAAAUCGUGCUCAAGACUUUGAGGGAGAAGAAGUUGGUGAAUUCUUACGCGUAUCGGCAGUUGGAGGUUCAUGAGAAGAACUACCCUAUGACAGAAUUAGAGUUGGCAGCCACUGUUCAUGCGCUAAAGAUUUGGAGGCACUAUCUAUACGGCGUUCCAUAUGAGGUGAAGUAUGAGCAUCAGAAAUCGGUAGGGUUGACUGAUAGAUUGGAUAUACCGGAGUGGAAAUGGGAGCGCAUCUCGGAUUAUUUGGUAGGCUUAUCACGAACCUUGAAGAAAUAUGACGCAUUCUGGGUUAUUGUGGACCGGUUGACUAAGUCCGUGCACUUUAUUCCGGUGAUGACUUCCUCUUCUUCAGAGUAG